UAUAUAUAUGGCCGUCUCUUUUACUUCUUUUUUUCUUAUUGCUUUGUCGUGAUUGACUCACUGUCUUGUGUGCAUCCAAUGAAUGUGGAGCUUUACAGGCUAUUGAACUAAUUACACGACAAGCAGGAGAGGAACUCGCUCGUUCUUAUUGGGGAUAUUGUCUUGAAUGUACUUUUUCUAUGCGUGAAUUGUUGCCACCAUCAGUGUUUUCACCCCCUUUACCCCCGCAUCAAAAAACAAACAAAGAAGCCACUUGCUUUAUUUCUUUCUUAUUGCUCGCGCUUUUUCUUUUUUAUUCCAAUUAUUAUUACUGUAAAGUCUGUCAUUGUGUAUAUUACUCCUAAAUAUACUAUUAUAGGUCUGUUACCGCCGAAUGAUGACAGGAAACAGGCAUUUCUCUCACACACACACACACAUAAAAGGACUGUUGUUGCGUGCACUGUACAUCAAAGUGGGGGCGGGGGGGCUGUGCAGUAGAGUCGGUGUGUGUAUAGUGACGUUUUGUGCAUCCAGGGAUUAGCCUGAUCCCAGUCCUGAUCCCACUAUCUUACUCUGUGCCAAAAUGUAGUGCGACAGACACGCUUGGUCCUGUCUGCUCUGACUCCAAUAAAAGAAAAACACUGAGCUGUCCACGUUGCUGUACGAAGCUCCUCUGCCUCGUCUUUCCUUCCUCUUUUAUUCUUCUGAGAGGGCUGAUGCUUCAAGAGGAGGGGGGGGGUGCUCUGCCUUGUUGACCUUUGAACUUGCAGCCGCACAAUCUUCACUGUCACCAGUCCCUCCUCUGCCUAAUUAACCAAGACUGACUGACUGAGUGAGUGACAAGCUGCCCCCAACACCCACCCACACCCCCGCUCUUUCUCUCUUAGAGGAUCCAGGGUGACGUUGGACUGAAGACGCCCGCCACAUGCCAUGAGAGCCGACAAGGAGAGGAGAAGGACCAUCAGUCGGGAGGCGGCGAGGAGGAGGCGGCGGGUGGAGUCAGAACUGUUUGCCGAUUUAUCCCGACUUCUUCCCCUCCAAUCCUCGAUCCAGGCUCACCUGGACAAGCCCUCCAUCAUCCGGCUGACCGUCAGCUACAUCCGCCUCAAAGCGCUCCUCAGAGAUGAGGUCUGCGUGUCUAAUAUUGAACAAUGUGUGAGGAGAGGAGAUGGUGGCGUCCGUUUGGGUUGUCAAGAUGCGAUGGAGGAGGAUGAGAUCAACAUCUAUCUAAGGAUGCUGGGGGGGUUUGUCAUGGUUUUGUCGUCUGAGGGGGACAUGAUGUUCCUGUCUGAGAACGUCAGCAAGUACCUGGGCCUGACGCAGACUGAAUUGAUGGGACACAAUGUUCUUGACUUUACUCAUCCGUGUGACCACCAGGAAAUCAAAAGUAACCUCCGCCUAUCCUCAGAAGAUUUUUGGUGUGGUGCCAAGCGCGACUUUGUUGUGAGAAUAAAAAGCACUUCGACUCUACGAGUGCGAAGCCCCAACCUCAAGUCAGCCACGUGGAAGGUGUUGCACUGCCAGGGGCGGGCCAAGGCGUGCGUUGGCCCAGCCUCCGCCUCUUGCCUGUUACUCACCUGUCAAACUCUGCCGAUAUCACACACGCUUCUCAGCACACACACCUUCGGCAGCCAGCACAGCAUGGACAUGAGGUUCACACACUGUGACCACAGAGUGAUGACGCUUUUAGGUUACAGUCCUCAUGAGCUGGUGGGACGCUCCAUCUACGAGCUUUGUCACACACUGGACACCAACUCUUUGACCAAAUAUCACCUCAAUUUGUACCUGAAGAGCCAGUCAGUCAGCGGUCAGUACAGGAUGAUGGUAAGAGGUGGCGGGUACGUGUGGGUGGAGAGCCACAGUGCCGUUGUCCCCGGGGCCAGACCCCCCAAAUCCAGACCAUGUCCCCCCCCGCCGCUCUGCAUCAUUUGUAUCACUUAUGUCCUCAGGUACUGUAUGCGCAUGGAGUCCUUAUUAUGGAAAGCUUGCAGAAAUGAUGAUGUUUUAAUGCUGAAUGUAUGUAUUUGUAUUGUGUGUGCGUGUGUGUGACAGCGGUGUGGAGGAGCCGUCCCUGCAGCUCUCUUUAGACCAGGUCGUGCAUCAUAGAACUGAUCCAUUCAGCCGCCAGUAAAACGAAACCAUUAAAUGUGCCAAUUUUUCAAUGAAGUUUAACAUUGGAGUUUGCAGCCAUUAAGUCAGAGUUCAUUUGCCUCAAGUUGUCUGACACAAAAUAACCCAAAGCUCUUGGUUUGCAACUCUGGUCAACAGACAGUUGUCAGGCCGCAGUGAGAGUGGAAAUGCGUUGACAAAGCGGCCCCAUUGACUUCUGCGUGGCCCCGCUGUGCCUGAUUGUACUUCCUGUUGGGGUUUCCUUCUGGGUCACCUGACACGUGGAGUGACUCUUAAGCCUGCAGGCAUUGGCUGUGGUAAACGUACCGCGAGGGUUGUGCACCGUGCUGACGGUGGUGAUGUGAGUAGACGCACAGCGAAGCCACAACUUCCUGAAUAGAACGUUUGAUGGUCGAGUUCUCGUGGGAACCUUUUCAACUUUUUACCUCUUGGACUCACACACACACACACACCCUCAGGUUUCAGUUCCACUGACUUUACAACAGAUUCAGACUGUGAUUUUUAGGGAAUAACAGCAUACCAUAUGGAACAAAUUGCUUUAGAGCAGUGUUUUUAGACCUUUUUUGAGCCACGGCACGUUGUUUUACAUUGGAAACAUUUUGCAGCACACCACUAGCCACCUCACGUGCAUCAAUUUUUGUUGAUUUAUUAUUCCAGGCAAGUUCAAUUCUAAUUUACUGAAAUAAUCUCAGUAACAUACACAACACUUCGGGUGCCUUAUUGUGAUCUUUGAUUUAAACCGUUCAUUACUGCAUCAAGACGAUGUUUGUAUUGUGGCUUUGAUUCACUUGCCUGAGACUGAGGCAGUUAGAACAGAGGGAGAGAGACACUGGCACCAUCUAGUGGUUGCAAAGUGUUAAUACAGCAACAUGAAGGUCUAAUCAGUGUUGGCUAGCGGCGUUCCUCGUUGAACUACAUUUCUCAGUUGAAUGAUCGUGACGUUGCUCUUUUCCACGUCAAAUGUCAAAUCAAAUAACGACCUAGCCUAAACAGAAGCUACAUUUAUCCAGGCAUUUGUACAUUGUAUAUGCACAAUUUUCUGCUGCAGUGGGAGCGGUAACCAUGGUGAUGACAGACGCUCCUUCACUUGACACUCCUGCUGUAACAGUGACAAGAUAGUAAUUCAAAAUAACACAAUAGUAAUGUGUAUUCUUGUAGUCCUCUGUGUCGUUGUUUUCUAGGUGACCUUUGUUACAUGACCCUGCAUGGCUCAGCCGGGGGUGUAGCUCUUGGGUCAGUGUACUGUCAUUUUUUUACAGUGUGUCCCGUAUAGCAGCUCUGCCGCUGCUUCAAGAACAAGCAACAUGUGACUCCCCCCUCCCCAUGACCAUUAUACUGAGAAACCCCCCUCGGGUGGGUGUUGUCAGGCUCUCAGCCAAUGAUGUGUCGCCGUUGCACUCUUUGACACGCUGAUAGUAAAUGCUAGUGGGGGUGACAAUGUGGGCCGGGACGGAGGUUGAGGUGAUAGCAUUUCCGAUAAACAGCACAUAUCUUUAUGAUCCUCUUAUCAGCUUUAUUGGCAUCUUGUAGAAACAUCUUUUCACUUUAUGAAGCGACUUUCACACAGAGACCAUGCAAUAUUCUUUAUUAAAAUGGGGCCGCACGGUGAGCGAGUGGUUAGCAUGUAGGCCAUGUAGCAUGUAGAUUCGAUUCUCUGCUUGGGCAUCUCUGUGUGGAGUUUGCAUGUUCUCCCAGUGUGUGGGUUUUCUCUGGGUACUCUGGUUUCCUCCCCCAUUCCAAAAACAUGCUAGGUUAAUUGGCCACUCCAAUUUGUCCGGAGGUAUGGAUGGUUUGUUGGCACUAUCUGCAGGGACAAAGACUGCUGCAGCUAUCAAGCCAGCAGAGGGUGCUGUUUGACAAGUCAGGUCACUCAAUAUUUUCCAGCAUCAGUGUAUUAAAUAAUGUACAUUGAGACUUUUUAGCUGCAUGUCUAUGAAGAUUCAUGUGCUUCUUUAUUACAAAGCUUUUUUAGACUGAAUUCAGGGAACUAAUAAUUUGUGUUUGAAUUUUGUGGGAAUUUAUGUGUGUGUAUAUAUAUAUAUAUAUAUAUAUAUAUAUAUAUAUAUAUAUAUGUUUCUAUAAAUGUAGUGCAAAAAAAUUAAAUAUGUUAAAAAUGCUUAAAAAUAAAACAAAGCAUAAGAAAAAUGGUCUGGCAUGCACAUCACGCUUGUUUUUGCAAGUGUGGGGUCGUGUUUGUACUGAUGUCUCUGAUUACAUUGUUUGUGCUGAUCUGAGCCGCUCUGAGCUUAUCUAGCGUGCAGAGUCCACAGGUUUAAGUCCAGCCUCUUGGGGGGGGGGGGCUUGACUGUAAUUAUUCGGCAUGUAUGUGUGAAGUAACACAGACACGCAAUGGAUGUGUUGUUACGUAAGACCGCUCAGUUCAUCAGUAUUUCGUUUUUUUAUCCAAGAGGAGACUGAGGGCAACCCCAUCCACCACGUCCCUGUUGUGCUGGAAGUGGUGGUUGUUGGCUGGUGCUGGUGAGGUUGCCACGCAUCGAAUGUUAUGCACAGGGCCUUCAUGUUGACAGUGUGGUUGAGCCAGCGGACUGCUGAACGGCUGCUGUCACAGACCCCCCCCCCCCCUUGAGUCUUUGAACCCCCUCACACCACUGCCCGUUCCAGCUUUUCAUGCACGUUAAAGCAGUGGUUCUCAAGUGGUGGAUCGGGAACCCAUGUUCUCCAUUUAAAAAUGGAGACCAAUUUACAAACUACUGACCUGUCUCCGUUUUGCCCCAAUUGUCUAAAAUGAUCGCUAAAAUAUUCAAUAACAAAUGUAUUAAUCAGGAUGAAUUACAAGCAGAAAGUCAGUACGGAUACAGAGCUAGCAUUUCAACCUCCAUGGCACUGAUUGCAUCACUAAUGCUAUGGACCGUAGAAUGUGUGCAGCUGCAGUGUUUAUGGAUCUGACAAAAGCCUUUGAUCCAAUCAAUCAUGACAUCCUAAUAACUUAGUUUUGAAUAGGGUCGAACAGGAAGCAGUAUUUUAAGCUAAGAGAACACGCAUCUGACUGUUUUAAUAUUACAUGUGGAGUACAUGUCGAAAUUCCGCUUGGCCAUCUCUGUGUGGGUUUGCAUGUUCUCUCCAUGCAUGCGUGGGUUCUCUCCGGGUACUCCGGUUUCCUCCCACAUUCCAAAAACAUGCUAGGUUAAUUGGCCACUCCAAAUUGUCCAUAGGUAUGAAUGUGAGUGUGAAUGGUUGUUUGUCUAUAUGUGCCCUGGGAUUGGCUGGCCACCAGUCCAGGGUGGACCCCGCCCCUCACCUGAAGACAGCUGGGAUAGGCUCCAACACCCCCACGACCCUCAUGAGGAUGAGCUGUACAAAAUGAAUGAAUGUUUAUCAAAAAUAUUUCCAAACAAUUUAACAAUAUCUAAGUAUUACAGUGAAAGACAAUGUAAUAGUAUCAACCAAAUAAUAUCAUUAACCUAUUCGCUUUUGUCACAUAAAAUACUGAUACAGGACAAGUAGUAUCGAAAAUGGAUGGAAAAUACUGAUACAGUUGGUAUCGAUACUGCCGAUAUGUGAAUCGAUGCACAUCCCUUCCAUUUGCACGUUCUUCACUCAUGUAGUGUCCCAGUACUUUUGCCCACGUGCUGUGGGUGUGCAUUUACUAUACUGUAUCAGGUGUGACUGUUUCAAAAUCAUAAUUAGCUAAGGAAGUGUUUGUUCUUUUUUAAUUCGCCCUUCUAUCCU